CAGGUGGCACUUGGCAGGGUGAGCGGCUGGCUGGAGUGUUUUGGCCAGCGCUGGUCAGUCGUGCCCCACGCACUCUGGUGAUAAGUGUUUCCGUAUUCCCGGAUGCUUCUCCCUGUAGCAAGCACUGUCACGCAACACCAGAGAGUCAUGAGUACGUAAGAUGUCUUACGGGUGGGAGCAGCAGCAGCAGCAGCAGCAGCAGCAGCAGCAGCAGCAGCAGUAUGGGGGGUGGCGGCUGGGACGAUCAGACCAACAACUUCUCCUAUGACAUGGGGUCCGCAGACUUUGGGCAAGACCAGGCUUUCCAGAGCUUUGAGUAUGGCAGCCAGGCAACAGGGCCAGGAGGUCAAACAGGUGGUGGGCAGUCAGCAUCCUUCUUCACUCCCGGGCCAUCCAUCAUGACCCCCGGGCCAGGCAUGGACUCCCCUGGCCCUGGCACAUAUCCACUAGGGGUGGAGGAGGAUGAGCCGCCACUCUUGGAGGAGCUUGGCAUCAACCCUGACGCCAUCCUGCAGAAGACUUUGACCGUCCUGAACCCUCUCCGCCGCACAGACCCUUCCAUCCUGCAGGACACGGACUUGGCGGGGCCCUUGGCCUUCUGUCUGGCCUUUGGGAGCUUCCUGCUGCUGUCGGGGAAGGCACAGUUUGGCUACAUCUACGGGAUAGGAAUGCUGGGCUGUGCCUCCAUGUAUGGGCUUCUCAAUGCGAUGUCCAUGGCUGGGGUGGGUCUUGGGGUAGUGGUCAGUGUGCUGGGCUACUGUCUGCUGCCCAUGGUGGCCCUGGCGGGGGUCAGCGUCCUCAUGUCCCUGCGUGGGGCUGUUGGUGUCGGCUUGACAGCUGCCUCCAUUGUUUGGUGCUCUAUUUCUGCCUCUAAGCUGUUUGUGACAAGCCUUGCCAUGGACAGACAGCAGCCCCUUGUAGCCUAUCCCUGUGCACUCCUGUAUGCUGUGUUUGCCCUCAUUACUAUCUUCUGAGUGUGUGUGAGUGUGAGGCAGUGAGAGACCCAUGGCAAGACUGUGGAAGACCUGGGGAUGCACUGUGGGGGAAGGACAGGACAAGGGGACCAGUGGGAAGACUGAAGACUCUCUCUCUCUCUCUCUCUCUCUCUCUCUCUCUCUCUCUCUCUCUCUCUCUCUCUCUCUCUCUCUCUCUCUCUCUCUCUCUCUCUCUCUCUCUCUCUCUCUCUCUCUCUCUCACACACACACACACACACACACACACACACACACACCACUAUUUUAUUCUUGUAUUCUUUCUCUUCUUUAUAUUAACCUUGCCAGAGAGAGAGAGAGAGAGAGAGAGAGAGAGAACUAUUGUUAAGCUCAUAAACAACAUUGUAUCUUAUUUUCAGUUCAAUACAGUCUGCCAAAUUAUUAUUAUUAUUACUACCACUUUUAUUGUCGUUACUAUAGUUAUUUAUUGUUUUGCAUUAUGUUUAGUGUAUUUUUUUGUGUUAUGAAAUGCUUUGCAUGUGGUUGUAUGUGCUGAUAAGAUAGCCAAUGAAAAAGUAACAUUA